UCAAGAUCAAACCCCAUAUUUUCUCAGGUUCUGAUUUCUGAUAUUAAGGAGGAGAAGCGGAGAGAUCAAACUCCAAAAGAAGUCUCAGCCAUUUCAAGGACCAGAGCACAAUUUUUCCUGCAGCUAACAACAUGGCCAAGCAAGAAAAUGGAUCUUCAACUCAUGAAAUCUGCGAAGGCCAAGAAGAGAAAGAUCCAAAAACAUUGCCUGAUGGUUUCAGAUUUCUUCCUUCAGAGGAGGUGAUCAUUACUACCUACCUGAGGCCUAAGGCCCUUGGCAAUGAUAUCCCUUGCAAAGACAUCAUCGUCGACGUCAAUGUGUAUGAUUAUAGCCCGGCACAGCUUGCAGAGGAAUAUGCAGGUAGAGAGCAAGAGAAAUUUUGGUAUUUUUUCACAUCGAGGGAUACUGGGAAAGGGAAAUGGCAAAGCCGAUCAACGCCUGGAGGAUACUGGGAAAGGGAAAUGGCAAAGCCGAUCAACGCCUGGAGGGUACUGGAGGAUAUAUAGCAACAAACCGAUCAAGAAGAACAAAGGGCAUCAGAAGAUUACAAUUGGGACCAAGAAUUUUUUAGAGUUCUGGGAGAAGACAGAAAAGAGUACGCCUAGGAAGGAUGAUCCAGGGAAGAAGACGGAGUGGUUGAUGCACGAGUACACGAUUGAGGAGUCGAAGCAGCAUGCGAAGGAUGGAGACAAGCGGCAGAACGGUGGGGUUCUGAAUAAGAUAUAUCGCAGUAGUCGUGGUGGCAAUAGGAUAGCUACAGCUAUUGCACAAGCAACAAUCCCUGGACCUGGACCUGAACGCGAUCGUGAACCUGAAGCUGAAGAGGAAAACGAAGAAUCAUCGAAGAGAGCCCGCCUGAGGCUGGACCGGAAUGAGAUCCCAGACCUGAACGAGAUCCCAGAAACAUGAGGCGAUCAGUCUCACCCCCCUAACACUCGACCAUAUUUGACUCAACCUGUACAAAACCCAAUCCCAGAUUUCAACUGCAGAUUGUACACAAAGAACCUGGCUCCUUUAUCGUCACUAGCUGCUAUUAUCAUUGCUACCGGCAUUCUUGAGCUCAGAUGAAAUGAGACAGUUAUGGGUUCUUCAUAUUUUGGCUUAGUUUGGAUGUUUGCUACUUAAGGAUAGCUAUUCUGGGAGAUUAAUUUGUUCUUGAAACAAAAUUUGUAGUUUCUUUCUAUGGAACCCUGAUGUAAGUUCAAUUAAAGAUGCAAACUAUGAGUAUGUUUGUAUGGAUAUUGGUGAUGUGGCAGCUCAGAUUGCCAAUUAUUA